ACAAACACGACACCGAAUUUAUUGCUGGCAGGUGAUUUCAAUGAUUUAUUAUCUGGCUUCCCAAGUCCUAUGAGUGAAAUUGCACCUGACGAAUUGAUACCGUCUUUUGCUAAUUUUAUACACGAUUUAAGCAGCUUUUCAUUCGAGGAUACAGUCAGCGCUAAUACUAUCGCCAUGGAGCACAGUUAUUCUAGAGCUUGGAACUGGAGGCCAGAAACUAACACCUUCAAGCCUGCGAGAAAUUUGCUAGUACACAGACCACCUGCUUGUCCUGGAUGCCAUGAAGAAUCUGAAGAUCCCUAUAUAGAUGUAGAUGGUCCUCUGAGUCCCCCGCCCCCAUUACCUUAUGAUGUUGAGAAAGGUAGAUUAUCUAUGAAUGAAAUCGAAAACAAAGUUGAAUACAUUACCAAGUCUGAAGAUGAUGAAUGGGAAGAUAAAAUUGAUCGUAAACAUUGGAGUGCUAAUGAGAGAGCUUAUUUUGAACGGUUGAAGACUAUUUUAAAUGAUGAUUUGGUUGCAAGAUUGACGUACCAAUAUCGAAAUGAACCGGUGCUCAGAAGAUCAAUAGUGGAUCGAUCAGUAUUGAAAUUCAGACGUGCUUUUAGUACCAUAGGAUGGGAUAUGAAAAUUCUGCAGGGGAUGCAUAAUGUGUUUAUUGAUCACUUGAACAAAAGACUGCUAUCUGUUUAUAUAGACAUUUUACAGGGUCUUAAAAGCAAAUUACCUGUUCUUGUUGAUAAAUUAAUGUUUAGUAGUAUUUUUAGGAACGGUGCGUGUUAUGAAGGACUUGUUGAUUUACUGAAAAAGCCUUGGAAUCCUUUAGAUGAUAACAUUAUUAAUAGUAAAACUAAAAAGAUACCAAAUAAUCCUAUAUUUUUUUGUGUGUCCAAGCUGUCCACAAGUUAACUCAAUGCUACCAAGUCGAUAUCAACAAUUAAUGUCUUUUUAAGUGCCAUUGCAACAGUUGAAAAUGUGUCAUUAAAUCUAGGUUUCUCAUCAUCUCGGUUUACACUCACACAAGUAGUUGAACAUAUGCUGGCGACCUCCAGAACGCGGUUACAAGAAGUUAAAUCCGAAAAUCCGGAUAGGCCUAUUAUACUUAUAGGUUUUCAUAGUGGAGCAUCAUUAGCAUUCCAAAUUGCACAAACUGAAAUGGUCACUUGUAUUGUAUGCAUUGGAUUUGAUAUUCACACAGCGGAAGGUAUGAGAGGAACUCCUGAUGAUAUUAUUUUAAAUAUUCCAUGUCCUAUUUUAUUUAUAAUGGGGGAAAAUUCUGCAAGAUCACAUCCUGAAGAAAUUGAGAACUUACGAGAAAAUAUGAGUGCAGAAACUUCCCUUAUUAUUAUUGGAAGUGCUGAUGAUUCUUUAAGAUUGAGUUGUAAUAAAAAGAUUUAUGAAGGUGUUACACAGCCUAUGGUUGAUAGAUGUAUUAUUGAUGAAAUAGCAGAUUAUGUGACAUCUAUACUACUUAAUCCGUAUCCUGAUGCCUCAAAGCAAAGAACGAGUUAUAUCACUAAUUAUAAACAAUCCUCCAUCAAAAACAAUUUCGAACUAAAAAGAUAUCAAAACGUAGGUUUUCUAGUGGCAGUUAUUGUGAUAAUGACCUUAAUUUGA